CACUAUAAAUAGGGUCCCCUCUUGGUGAUUCUUUGUCAACGCUCCAUUCAUCCGCACCAAAUUACUUUUUUUUCUUCUUCUUUUUUUCUCGAGAGGGACCAAAGCGUACGCAGAGAGACACAGACUCCUCCAUCAAUGGCCACUAAAGUUUACAUUGUUUACUAUUCCAUGUACGGACAUGUUGCAAGGCUAGCUGAAGAGAUUCAGAAAGGAGCUGCAUCAGUGGAGGGAGUAGAAGUAAAACUAUGGCAGGUACCUGAGACACUGCCAGAAGAUGUUCUUGGAAAGAUGAGUGCUCCCCCAAAGAGCGAUGUGCCUAUCAUUGAGCCCAAUGAUCUUGCCGAGGCUGAUGGGUUACUUCUUGGCUUCCCAACUAGAUUUGGAAUGAUGGCUUCACAAUUUAAAGCAUUCUUUGAUGCUACUGGGGGUUUGUGGAGAACACAACAACUUGCAGGCAAACCUGCAGGAAUUUUCUACAGCACUGGAUCUCAAGGAGGUGGACAAGAGACUACUGCCUUGACAGCCAUCACUCAGCUCGUUCACCAUGGAAUGCUCUUUGUGCCUAUUGGAUACACUUUUGGAGCUGGGAUGUUCGAGAUGGAGAAUGUGAAGGGUGGCAGCCCUUAUGGUGCAGGAACUUUUGCUGGGGAUGGCACUAGACAACCAUCUGAGCUAGAGCUACAGCAAGCUUUUCAUCAGGGGAAGUACUUUGCUGGCAUUGCUAAGAAGCUCAAGGGAACUGCUUGAUUUCAUGAUUCGCUAUGCUUGCCUAUUUAGCAUUCUAUACCUACACAGAUUAUUUUCCUAUUUCUGAAUAUUUAUCUUCCGAUUUCAUGUUAUCAUAAAGAAUAAUAUUGUUUGUCAGUAUAUGUAUUUUUACAACUUGAAACAAUCUGUUACUAAUAGAAGUUUGCUUAAACCUUCCCUUUC